CUAAGUGGGCCGAGUACGUUGAGUGGUCUUUAGUCCAUCUUACUACAGUUUGGCUCAAAGAACUUCAAGCUAUCUAGUUUAACGCUUGGGAUACAGUUUUUAUUUAGUAACAUAGCAUUGCUACUAUGGAAUUUGCUCGAAAAGCGGCAGUGAAAAUCCACGGAUAAUGUGUGAAUUACCAGAAACAGAAGAGAGAGAAAUGUCUAAAAAUACUCUAAUUUAUCUUCGGGUGGGCGAAGGAAAAAACCUCCCAGCAAAGGAUAUAUCGGGUAAGAGCGAUCCCUAUUGCUUGAUCAAAGUUGACAACGAUGUGGUUGGAAGGACGGCAACUGUAUGGAGGAACCUUAACCCGUUUUGGGGCGAAGAAUUCACUAUGUUCGCUCCUGAAGGUUUUACGAACAUWUCKAUAGUAGCUUAUGAUGAAGAUACAAUCGGGGAAGACGAAAGAAUAGGCAAAAUUACAUUCACRAGUGAAGUACUAACACACAGCCCAAGAGGGAUGGAGAAGUGGUUUCCACUGUUACCAGUAUAUGAUGAUGACGAUAUCCAAGGCGAACUGAGGAUAGAGAUAACUGCUUUUGAGAAGUGUAAUCAAACUAUCAUCAAGGCCAAAGUUCUUGGAGCAAGGGAUCUAUCUGAGCUAUUAUUCCACGAUUUWGCUGGUCCUUUUGUUCGCUUAACUCUGAAAGAAAAACAAAGAGAAAUGCAAAAUGGCGAAUCUGCAAARCACAUAAUGCAAAACAACAAAGAAAGUCCCAUAAACCAAAUCCAAUUAGUGAAAUCUGAUGAUAGGGAUGUAAGAACGGUACCCAAAGGUAUAAGUUUCCCAAACAAAUACCAUACAUUUGAGCUCCAUAGUAUGGCAAACAUUAACGAUCUCAAGCUUGUGGCUUCUGUGAUAGACAAGAAGGAUGAGAAUCAUUGCAUGGGCGAGGUCAAUGUUUUCCUAUCGAAACACGCUAUUGGUCAAUCAAAGGACGCCUGGUACAAGCUAUUUCCUCAACCUCAGCAGUGUCACAUGAAACCCGAAAAUCUUGGAAGCAUAAGGGUAAAGAUUAGCCUGGUACAAGAGUACGUCUUACCAUCAGCAUCCUACAAGCCGCUCACAGAUCUCAUUAUGCAACCAGUGCUUGGAUUUCAGCCAUCAAACUCUGUUGACGCGCUAAGCAUCAUAGCAGAUAUGGCGACUAUCGACCACGCAUGCGUAGCUCGAAACCUGGUCAAGGUUUUCUUAGGAAACAAUUUGCUUCUGAAGUUUUUGGAUUGGAUAACUUCGCAAGAAAUGGAAAAAACAACGUCAAUUACUACACUUUUCCGGGGGAAUUCGCUGGCGUCAAAAGCUGUGGAACAGUUUAUGAAGGUUGUUGGGAUGCCAUACCUUUGUAGUGUCCUCAAACCUACAAUUGACACCAUCUUUGAUGAGCAUAAAAUCUGUGAGUUGGAUCCAAACAGGCUUGAGAAGGGAAAGAUAUCUGGAAAAAGGCGUCGAAGUCUUCUCCCUUUCGAAGAUGAUACGGUUUCACGCAGUGCUGCAGCCUUAGGAGGAUACGUGGAUUCAAUCAUGGAAGCAAUACUGACAUCCAUGCAAUCCUGUCCUAUUCUUAUGAGGUUAUUCUUCAGAAACCUUGCCAAAAGGGCAUAUGAACACUUCGGUGAAGACUAUGAACAGAUAAAAUACCACGCAAUCAGUGGAUUCUUUUUCCUUCGGUUCUUCGCCCCAGCCAUACUCGGACCUAAGCUCUUCAGUCUCCGUGACAACCACGCGGAUGGUGUAACGUCUCGCACACUUACACUUCUUGCUAAGAUAAUUCAGAAGAUCAGUAAUCUUCACUCGCAAGAGAACGCGCGCAACGAAGAAUGGAUUAAACCACUGUCCACAAAGAUCGAGUCGUACUCCGAACGGCUGAGAGAUUUCUUUGACAAGAUCAUGGAUGUGGAGGAUUCCGAAGCGCCUGGGUUUGGAAAGCGAAGAAGCGUCUUCGAUAAAUCAGUAGUGAUCAAAGAAGGCUUUUUGAAAAAGUGCCGAUUUAAAGUGGUCAAGCUCCCAAAGUCAUACGUCUUUAAAAAGCGAUAUUGUUGGCUGAGCACAGAAAGCUUUCUCUAUAGUCAUUCCCCUUCUGCAGAGACACGGCAGUUUCUGCCAACUCACAAGAUUGUUGCAGUUGAAAAGGUGGAUGACUGCGCAUUUCAAAAGCCCAACGUUUUUCAAUUGAUUAGCGAAGAGUAUGAAGGCGCGUUACAAACUUUGUAUCUAUCUUGCCAGAGUGUUAACGAGAUGAAUCAGUGGAUGUCAGCCAUCAGGAAGACCAUAGUAAACAACCCUCGUGUGUUGACCUUGUUUCAUUCUGGUCUUUAUAACCAUAAGUGGAAAUGCUGCGGCAAACCUAGCCGAGCUUGUGGUGGGUGUACACGGAGUGGAAGUCGGGUAAUUCUAAGCGAUUGGAGAGACCCUUUAGAUCCCGAUGCUGAAAUCCAAAUGGUGUACACCCAACUGUUUCUAAGUAGAAAUGAACUGAAACAGCAAUACCUCGAAGGGUCGACCCAUAAAGACGACAACAGUGACUGYAAGCCGAGUGAUAAAGUCAGAGCGACUGUUGCUAAUAUAUUGGAAGUCAUUGAUGAGCUUUAUGAGUCUCAUAGAGCUUUUGAAAAGAAACUUGCUCACAAACCCAAGAUUACCAAACAUUGACUAUUUAACAAUUAGACCUCGAGGUCGAGUGGACUACGAGCUAAUAGCCAAUG